AGUAGUUCCUAGCUAGCGCACGUUUCCAGCGUGGCCGCAUGGGAGAUUGCUCCGCAGCAUCGAUCUCGAUGUGCUUGUCUGUAACUGUAGCAGCAUCGCAUGGCCAUUGCUCAGCGUCCACUCUCUGACCGCUCGCGACUCGCUGCCCGAUGCAUGGCCUGAUCCCAGUUCCAUAGCCAGCCUCCAAGGCGGCAAGGCCACCGCCCCCCGGGAAGCAUCUGACGCGAGCACGAGCACGAGCACGAGCACGACGCGCCCGCACACCUCGGCCUUUUCCUUUUUCGACGACGCACCUCCAAUCUAAUCUCCCAAAUCACCACUCGAUUGGAUUCCUCUCCUCCCGCCGUGAAGUCCACUCGUGCGUGCCACUGUAUAUAAAAGAUGCGCGCGCCUCACUGCUUGGUGCUUGCCCUGCCCCCCAUAGCUUCGGCUCAGUCGCCGGCCCUGGGCUAGUGCUCGUCGAAGGCGCAGGCAUGCCGUCGACGGCGACCGGUAACGAUGCCGGCCUCGCCGACCCGCUGCUGCCCGGCGGCGACGGCACGGGGCGGGCCGCCGGCGCAAGCAGCAAGGACAAGAAUAAGAACUGGGUGCCCGCCGACGAGGAGGAGGUGCUGGCGGCGGAGGAACGCGGCGGCGAGGACGGCCGGCCGCUGCUGUACCGGACGUUCAAGGUCAGGGGCAUCCUCCUGCAUCCUUACAGGUUAAUAAACCUGGCCAGAUUGAUCCUCAUCAUCCAGUUUUUCAUAUGGCGCAUGAGGCACCGGGACUCGGACAGCAUGGUCCUCUGGUGGAUCACGGUGGUCGGCGACUUCUGGUUCGGCGUCAGCUGGCUCCUGAACCAGGCCUCCAAGCUCAACCCCAUCCGGCGCGUCCCCAACAUCGCGCUCCUCAACGAACAAUUCGAUCCUCCCGCCGUCGCCGGCGGCGGCGGCUCCAGCCAGCUCCCCUGCGUCGACGUGUUCAUCAACACCGUGGACCCCGUGGACGAGCCGGUGCUCUGCACCAUGAACUCCGUCCUGUCCAUCCUCGCCACGGACUACCCGGUGGGCCGGCACGCGACCUACUUCUCCGACGACGGCGGCUCGCUGGUCCACUACGAGGCGCUGCUCGAGACCGCCAGGUUCGCCGCGCUGUGGGCGCCCUUCUGCCGGAAGCACCGCGUCGAGCCCAGGGCGCCCGAGAGCUACUUCGCGGCGGCGGCGGCGGACGGGCCGUACGCCGGGGACGCGCCGGGGCAGUUCCUCGACGACCGCCGGCACGUGCGGCGGGAGUACGAGGAGUUCAAGGAGCGGCUGGCGGCGCUGUUCACCAUCAUUCCCCAGAGGUCGGAGGCGUACGAGCGCGAGAGCACGAAACGGGGUGGUGCCCGGGCGACCUACAUGGCCGAUGGCAGCCAUUGGCCUGGCACCUGGAUUGAGCCGGCUGAAAACCACAAGAAAGGACAGCACGCUGCGAUUGUUCAGGUUGUGUUGAAGCAUCCGGGCGACGAGCCUCAGCUGGGCGCGCCGGCGAGCUCUGAUAGCCCUCUGGACCUGAGCGCCGUGGACGUGCGGCUCCCGAUGCUGGUGUACAUCGCGCGGGAGAAGCGGCCGGGGUACGACCACCAGAAGAAGGCCGGCGCGAUGAACGUGCAGCUGCGCGUGUCGGCCCUGCUCUCCAACGCGCCCUUCAUCAUCAACUUCGACGGCGACCACUACAUCAACAACUCGGCGGCGUUCCGCGCCGCCAUGUGCUUCAUGCUCGACGGGCGCCACGGCGAGGACACCGCCUUCGUCCAGUUCCCCCAGCGCUUCGACGACGUGGACCCCACGGACCGGUACUGCAACCACAACCGCGUCUUCUUCGACGCCACCGCCCUCGGCCUCAACGGCCUCCAGGGCCCUUCCUACGUCGGCACCGGCUGCAUGUUCCGCCGCGCCGCACUCUACAGCGCCGACCCGCCCCGGUGGCAGCCCGGCGACGGCGUGUCCAAGCUCCCGGACAACCCCUGGAGGCAGUUCGGCAACUCCAUGCCCUUCAUCAACUCUGUCCCGCUGGCCACGCACCAGGAACACCGGCCCGUCGCGCCGCCGCCGCCGGCGUCGCUCGACGACAAGCGGCUCGCGGCGGAGCUCGCCGACGUGUCGACCUGCGCGUACGAGGACGGCACGGAGUGGGGCUACGGCGUCGGGUGGGUGUACAACAUCGCGACGGAGGACGUGGUGACCGGCUUCCGGAUCCACCGCAAGGGGUGGCGCUCCAUGUACUGCGCCAUGGAGCCCGACGCGUUCCGCGGCACGGCGCCCAUCAACCUCACGGAGCGGCUCUACCAGAUUCUGCGCUGGUCGGGGGGAUCCCUGGACAUGUUCCUCUCCCGCAACUGCCCGCUCCUCGCCGGCCGGCGGCUGCACCCCAUGCAGCGCGUCGCCUACACCAACAUGACCAUCUACCCCAUCUCGGCGGCCUUCAUCUUCGCCUACGACCUCCUCCCGCUCAUGUGGCUCUCCGGCAGCGAGUUCUAUAUCCAGAAGCCGUUCCAGACCUACGCGGCCUACAUGUUCGCCGGCAUCGCCAUGAUGGAGAUGAGCGGCCUGGUGGAGAUCAGGUGGGCGGGGCUCACGCUGCUGGACUGGUGCCGCAACGAGCAGUUCUACAUGAUCGGCGCCACGGGCGUGUACCCGGCGGCGGUGCUGCACAGCCUGCUCCGGCUCGUCGGCCUCAAGGGCCUGCCGUUCAAGCUGACGUCCAAGCCGCAGUCCGCAAGCGGCGGCGAGGCGAGGGAGAGGUUCGCGGAGCUGUACGACGUGCAGUGGGCGCCGCUGCUGGUGCCGACCGUGGUGGUGACCGCCGUGAACGUCGCCGCCAUCGGCGCGGCUGCCGGGAGGGUGGCCGCCGGCGGGUGGUCGUUUGCGCAGCUCGCCGGCGCCGCGGGCGGGCUGGUCUUCAACGCGUGGGUCCUGCUGCUGCUGUACCCGUUCGUCCUUGGAAUUAUGGGGCGAUGGAGCAAGCGGCCGUACCUGCUCUUCGUCAUGCUCGUGGUCGCGCUCGCCGCCAUCGCGUUGGCGCACGUCGCGCUGCUCGCCGUGCUCGCUCCCGGUUCCGUGCCGCCGUUCCGGCUGGGACGAUGGUGGUCAGGCGUCGGCGCCAUCAUUUCUCCGGCGAGCUGGCGGUUUUAGCUGAUGAUGUCUCAUUAAUCACAUUACCUCACUUCUUGUUGUUGCUUUUUUUUUUUUGAGAGAGAGGGGUUGUUAACUUGUUAUUGCUAGCUAAAAUGAGGCCCGUGCGUCACAAUGGGGGCCGGGAGAGUCUGUUUUUUUUUUGUUGGACAGCUAGAGCCAUUUUGUUUAUUUGCGGAAUCGGCCCAGGCGGGCCAUUAAUUUCACCAACAUAGGAUGAUGGUAUACAGGAAUCGAUCAAGACUGUGGUCAUGGUUUCGAUGCA